AGGGGGUGUGCUAAAGCAAGUGGAGACAGAGAGGGACUCCAUCAGAGGUGAAACACAACAAGACUCAUUCUGUCGAUCGUAUCACCCCUCCUCACAAGCUAGGAUUGAUUGCAUCAUGACAACCGCAAGGCUGAUCCUGCAAUCGUGUCCCAAUGAAAUGCUUCAAGGGAACGACGAUCAAGCGAGUAAAAUUCGUAAGCGGAGAAACAGGACGGAGGAGACUGGUUGGAUCUUCAAGAAAAUUAUCGAACGCAGGACAUGCCUACGUGGUAGGAGAAGCUUUCCCGCGCUGGAUCCUACAGCUGAGGUCAUGCUGCCGACAUUAUCUCUUAACCAGCAAUGAUCGCUGCUAGGAGUUUGCGC